ACAGGGGGAGCUGCUGCACCUGAUACACCGGGGCGGGAGCGUGGCGGAGGAGGGAGGGAGCCGUGCUGCCUGCGAAAGCCUCUCCUCGCCGUUAGUCAGCGCUGGUCUCGCUGCUCCUCCCGCCCCCCGCUUCUCCUGUUGGGAGCCGGGCUUUCGCUCCUGUUCCCCUCGGGGUUGGCGGUAGAGCAUCCUCCUCCUCCUCCUCCUCAUCUUCCUCCUCCUCCUUCCCCCCGGUCCCCAUGGCUUCGUCCGGCAGCGGCAUGGAGGAGGUGCGCGUCUCGGUGCUGACCCCGCUGAAGCUGGUGGGGCUGGUGUGCAUCUUCCUGGCGCUGUGCCUGGACCUGGGGGCCGUGCUGAGCCCCGCCUGGGUGACGGCGGACCACCAGUACUACCUGUCCCUCUGGGAGUCCUGCCGCAAGCCCGGCAACUUGGACAGCUGGCUCUGCGAGUCGACGCUGCACAGCGACUGGCAGAUAGCUACUCUUGCUUUGCUGUUGGGUGGUGCUGCCAUCAUUCUCAUAGCUUUCCUGGUUGGUCUGAUCUCUAUCUGUGUGGGAUCUCGGAGGCGGUUCUACAGACCAGUAGCAGUCAUGCUCUUUGCUGCAGGUUACCAUAUGUAUUGUUUUGGUGUAACACAAAGGACAGGUUUGCUGAAUUCCUCUGCAGAACUGUGGAUCAGACGUUGUUCUUCAGGUGUGCAGCUUAGUCCUCUACCCAAUCAAGUUCAUUGAAACAGUCAGCUUGAAAAUAUACCAUGAGUUCAACUGGGGCUAUGGCCUGGCUUGGGGUGCAACUAUAUUUUCAUUUGGGGGUGCCAUCCUUUAUUGCCUGAACCCUAAGAACUAUGAAGACUAUUACUAGAAUCAUUUAAUGGAAAGAAAAAUAUCAAAAGGAUUACCCCGUCUUUUCUAACUCACGGUUUUUUUAGAACACUUGUGGAGCACCAGUCUGCUCUGUUGAUAAAAUAGCCUUUGCCUUUUGGGUGUGAACACUGUAACCAGCUUUUACAACCGUUUAGAAGAACUGCAAACACUAGGAUUGCUGAUCUUACAUAGGCAGAUGCUGCAAGCUGCUGAUACAUAGGCUUUGUUUUUCCUGACAACAAGCAAAGGAUCUACGUGACAGCGAUCAUUGUGAGAAAACUAGUUGGAAUGAGAAUUCAAGGCCAGCAUCCCCUAUUGCCUUCAGGGGAGCAGCUGGUAUAGGCUCCAUUUAGAAGUUUCUCUGUAUCGUAGAGGAUUCAAAUGUCUGAUAAACAGGCAAUGGCAUCUUGUACAAUAGGCUGUGUUGGCCCCUUAUUACUUGUUCAAAAAAGCUCUUAAGGAAUUAGUUGCAAGUAACUGUUGAGGGCAGUGAAUGUAACUGGUUAAUGACUUGUCUAAUAUCUGCAUUCAACAGUCUUCUUGGAGAAUGAAAAAAACAACAACAAAAAAAGAAAGCAAACACACACCCAGGAUUUCAUGAAUUGGUAAUUGACAUCACCAUGCCAGCUGUAGCAGGUUGUUGAAGAAAGUCCAAACCUGGAGACACGUGCUUCUGACUAUGUGGUUGGAAGUUGUCUCAGCUCUGAGUAUUUUGCUGGGAGGGUGGAAGUAAGGGGGAGGACAAGAGACCAUAUACAUCCCUAAGGCAUCUAACAUGCACGAAUGAAUUGUAGUUUUCCUAAGUACCCAUUUAACUUCCGAACAUCACCGUGAAAAAAAAUGAAUAUGGAACAAGUUCAAUUCUAUUUUUGGAAGGUAUUUGUUAGUAUAAAUGAAUAUAUAUAAUACAAAUAUAAAUGCAAAGGGAGAAAGAGAAUUCAUCUUUAAAUUGUAAUAGGAGCUGUGAUGCAGUGGUUAAAAUACUAGCUUUGUACACAUUUUUGAGGGUCUUGGACUGGUACCCCCGGUCAUGGUUGGCAUUGCAAAAUAAACAUAAAAUGGUUUGUCUUCUGUAUAUGCCCUUGUACAGAUUCUGUGUUAUGGGAAAUGCUUAAAAGUUCACAUCAAAUUAAGGUACAAGUGGAUGAAAUAACUACUUUUUAUUCCAUAUGUAAUCUAAUACUUAUUAAAAUUUGUUUUCUAAGGCUGUUGCAAAGGAAAAAAAAAAUGCCAUUUUUUAAAAAUCUAGUUAGGUUGCUAGUGUUUCUGAUCAUCAAGAACAUAGCUGAGACCCAAUCAUGUCCAUAUUAAAACAUUAGCACUGCAGGAACUACUCUCAUGUUUUUAAAGGCUGAGUUUAUAAUGGACUGGCUGAUGAUUAUGUACACCUAAUUACUCCUUGCUUAGUAUGUUUCCCACUUAAAACAUCUGGAAAUUGUACCCAUUACAUGAAAUCCAAGUUAAAAUAGGGAGAAUUUCUAAGUGUAUUUAAUCUGCAUCACUUUUAUUUUUGUUUAUGAUUUGCUUGUUUGGGUAUUUUGAAUUAAUUAUGAACAUAUUUUUAUACAAUUCUAAUCUUUAGAAAUAACUAUUUUUUUUUAAUGGAGAACUUUAAAGUAUAUUCUAUGUGGACCUCUGCAAAAGUGGAUAUGCUGGGGGUUGCAUGUCCACCUCUGCACAAAUGGUUUUGCUGGUUCCACAGAAAAGACUGCUGAAUGACUCAAUGUUAAGAUCACAUUUGCAGCGUUAAUGAUUAUGCCACAGUUCCCAGGGAGCAGAGGCUCUGCAUUGACCGUGCUUCCCCAGAACUGCCUCUAAGAAGCUGUUCUCAAAGUGUUGCUGCUGUACAGAAAUGAUUUCUAAAACUCCAGGCCUCCCUGGAGCUAAGCCUUUACUAUCACAGAAAAAUAUUCUGUAUCAGCAUUCCUUCCUGGACCAGUGGUGAUUAAUUAGAUUAGACAGAGCAAAACGAUAGCUUCACUUAAGAGGGAUUGUAUAGCAAUGCCUAAAGAGGAAAAGGACGGGAGGAAGAAAUAAGUCCAUUUAUUUUGCAGGCACCCAAGAGCAUUUAUAACAUUUAUUUUUUCUGAGACUGACUUAAGGCAGAUAUUCAGUAUGUAGUAAAUUCUGUAUCUUUCUGAACUGCUCUGUAGUUCUGCUUUUAUUUAGCAGCAUGGAGAACAUUGUAGUUUGGCAUGGGAAUUAGGUUAAUGUAGAGAGAAGCUCACUGUUAGAAGAUUUCUAUGCCUUUCUAGGAGAAUCGUGUUUUGAUACCAGUAUUGCACGGUGCUUUGCCAAUGCUGGCAAGAAGGUACAAUACUGUAGUAGUAAAUCUACAAAUUUAUCAAAACAUUUUUUUCUUUAUGUGGAGUUUGAGUGAAAUUAAAUGUCAGGCUUAAGGCAUAUGCAAGUUAAUCGCAAGCACUCCUAAAAUCACAUGCCUCUUAAUACGAAUGAUGUUCAGGCAAAAAAUUACAAAUGUGAAUGCCUAAAGACAAGGUUCUUCAUUCAUAUUUGGGUCAGAGAUCUGAUUUCAGCACCUGCUUUUCCUUUUGAAUAUAAUUCAGUCUAUUAGGAUGCACCUCUCAAACUUCUCAGGUCCUUUCACUUGGACAUCAAGUAUUUGGAUGUAAGUAUCUACGUUUAUUAGCUUGGAACCUCCAUUUAACUUUCUUAUGUUGCUACUUGAAUUUUUUUCCCACCCCCAUUCCAAUAAUGGUAAAUGUUUUUCAGGACUGAACAAAAAGUAAUUACACUUCUGAUUUCUUUCUAGACACACACACACAAAAAAAGGAAAGUCGGUGUCUGAGUGUACGUACAACAAAUUAAUCAUUCUGAACAUUAUGCUUGUGUCAUGCCAUCGUUGUUUCAGUUGUUUGGCUUUGUCUCACUGUCAGGAUGAUUCUUUCACACAACAAAUCCCUUGUUUAUCAUUCAAAUAUAUAUGAAUAAAGAUAUAUAUAUAUAUAUAUAUAUAGCAAACUUGCAAGCAGGGCUAGUUAUUUGUAUUUUUUAGGCUUAAAGUAUACCGUCCGGUGCUGACAAGUACCUAGCACCUCUUCUGGAUUUCUUGCACAACUUCAUUUAGCUUUUGUAAAUUUUAAAAACAAAUAUAGAGAGACCUAUGUGUUUGAGAUAUAAAUGAUAUAUAUGGAUUAGCAUGUAACUGUAUAUUAUUAAACAUGCAAUGAACUGACCGGUAAGUGAAAUCUAAUCUUAUGGCUAGCAACGUAAUUUAUUCAGACUGUAUUUUUGUACAGAGCAGUGCACACUAACCUAUUGCCUCUGUGUCCUCUAUAAUGCCUAAAACUGUGCCUAGAAAUUUAAUUUGUCUUUAAAUGAAAGAAAAAAAAAGACAACUAAAUGCUUCAUGUUGUUGAUGGUAUUGAUUUUUUUUUUUCUGAUGUUGUUCUUUAUUUAUUUUUGAGAAAUGUGUGGUAUGUUUAUUAACUGAAACCAUCAAAAUACGGUUCAUUUUAAAUGGUCAUUGGUAGCAGGGAAAGAUUUUUUUUUUAAUCAAAACUUUUAAGUUUGCAGUUUUAAUACCAUUUCUGCAUUUCACAAUUUUUGUAGCUUACAUGAAGUUAUAUGUGAAAAAGUAACAAAUAAAAAAUUGUUACAC